CAUAAUAAGAUAUAUUUUAUGUGUUUUUUAUAUUAUCAUUUUUUCCCGACGUUUUACAUGUUUUGCCAUCACCCUAAAAGUGCUGCUUGGGAGGGCCAAACAAACUACUUAACGUCAGCUUAUUGCAGCAAAGUGACAUCUGGAGAACUUAAAUAAAUGACUAAGUUCAUCGUCGAAAACUGAAGAACGUUCAUCUUGUGGGGAGUCUCCUACGACUCGGACAUUAUCAAAUGAUAAAAUAAAAUUGGAUAAUUGCCAUGCCGCGCCGCGUCGCGCCGCGCUACGUCACAACUUGCAGUCACAUCUUUGGGGUGUUAGAGCAAAGAUAACAUUAGUAGUGGUCGGCGUGCGCUCGCCGCAUGUUCAUAUUGACGAUAACAACAUACACUACUCGAAACAUCAAGACGCUUUUGAGUUCGUUUUGCAUAUAAAAUUUUCAAUCUAAUAUGAAUUUCGAUGACAGUUCCGCAAAUAAUAUUGCAGCUUUGAAAAUAAUGAUAAAUAAUAAAAUAUAUUUUUGUGAACAAUAUUAAAUAAACAUUAGUGAAUACAAAAAGUACAGUGAAAUACAAUAAUAUGCCUAAAAAGAAGACCAUCAGAACACCGCAGCAAUUGUGGGAAGCUGUUUCUUCAAAAUCAGUGCAUUUUGUGGAAAGAUUGUUUUUCUCGCUUGGUGUUAAUGUUGCGAGACAUCCAUGGAAGACAAUAAUUGGAUCAUUGUUAUUUGUGUGUAUCAGCACGAUUUGUUUAUUAAGAUUUCAUAUAGAAAGAAAUCCUUUAAACCUGUGGGUGCCCCCGGAUUCGGACUAUUAUUAUGACACGAACUGGUACAUAAAUACAUUUGGUACGGGAUUCCGUUUUCAAAAGGUGAUAGUGACAGCAGACAAUGUGCUCGAACCCGAUGUGCUACGGACUGUCUACAACAUCACCAACGCAUUAAACUCCAUUACAGUGACUCACGCCAGUGAAACAUAUUCUUUGUCGGAUUUGUGUUACAAAAUUCCAGUAGUUAACUUUUUUAGUAUGGAUACAAAUUCUAGAUCUGCAACGUCAAACGCUACGAACUCAGUGAACAAUACAGGUAGUAGUGGUAGUGACUUUUCGGACCCCACGUUAUGGGUCGAGGACGAGUUUUAUUGUAGUUUCUUAGAAAGUUUUCAACUUGCUUGUCUCCAACACAAUAUAUUAGACAUCUGGAAAAACGAUCUUAAUGUGAUUAGUAAUAUAAGUAAGGAUGCUAUUUUAACAAAGGUGAAUGAAGUAAAGACAAAUCCUGUAACGGGAUUUCCUGUAGAUUAUGCAAAAACGUUGGGCGGUAUCACAUAUGAUACAAAGGGAAACAUUAUCAGUGCUCGCUCCUUGAUGCUAACAUGGUUCACUCAAGUGAACAUGUCAGAGGUUGAUUUAAACGAGGUUGGAAAUUUAGUCGGCACGGAAGAUUGGGUUUCGGUUCCUUUAGCGUCAUGGGAAUCUGAAUUUUUAAGAAUAAUGAAAUCAAUAUCUGACAAUAAAUCAGGCAUCAAACUAUUCUAUGAAGCUGGGCGCAGUUUUGCUGAUAUAAGCGGCGAAGCGAUGUUUCAUGAAUUAGAUAAAUUAUUUUUAGGCAUUUUAUUAAUGUUUUUCUAUAUACAAUUUGCUCUAUCACGGUGUAACUGGCUAGAAAUUAGAUUGACUUUAGGCAGUGUAGGGUUACUUAAUGUGGGUCUGGCGUACGUUUCAGCUGUCAGUUGGUGCUCUUUGUUCGGUGCUUCUUUUGGCCCUGUACAUUCAUCUUUACCAUUUCUACUAAUGGGCCUCGGUAUAGACGAUAUGUUUGUAAUGAAUGCCUGCUGGAAAAAUCUUUCAGAGUCUGAAUCCAAGAAAAGUCUGCCAGUAAAAGUAGGCCUUAUGUUAAAACACGCUGGCGUUUCUAUUGUUAUUACUUCGUUUACUGACGUAGUGGCUCUACUUAUCGGUGCUAUUACAAUAUUACCCUCCUUGAAGUCUUUCUGUAUAUAUGCCGCAGUGGGUGUGUUUUUUAUAUUCUGUUACUCUGUAACGUUUUAUGUUGCUGUUUUUACAUUAGAUGUAAUGAGAAUAGAGGCUAAACGCAAUGGUAUUCUUUUUUGCUACAAGCAUACAAAAGAAAUUCGAAUUUCAACCGAAAAAACGAUAUUGCAAAAAAUGUUUGAAUGUUUUUAUAAAAAUGUUGUUUUCACUGUGCCAGGGAAAGUAUUUACUAUUCUAUUUACGUGUAUCGUUACGGGAUUUAGCAUUCAAGCUAUAUUACGUUUAGAACAAAGAUUUGAUCCCAAGUGGUUUAUUCCAGAUGAUACAUAUUACAAACAGUAUCUCGAUACUGUCGAUCUAUAUUACCCUGAGGAAGGUAACAUGGCUCUAGUAUUUUUAGGAGAUCUAAAUUAUACACGCGAAUUACCAAAUCUACAUAAUAUGAUGUCAGAAAUAAGCAAAAAAUCGUUUGUUACUGAUGUGGUUGCUUGGGAAGAAUAUUUUCAAAAAUACGUUUUAUCAAAUUAUGGUCGUGAUUUAAGAAACGGUAACAUAACGGAAGCGGAAUUUAAUGGAUACUUAUCGAGAUUUUUGUACAGUCCGGUUGGAGGAAGAUUUCAAGUUAAUUUUAAGUUUGAAAAAAACUUUCAAUGCGGUCAGCCUGCGACGCGAAUUCUUGGAUCAACUAUGAAUUUUAAUUUUGCAAAAUUUAAGGGACCCGAAGAAUAUAUACCGGCAAUGAAUAAAGUUAAAAACAUUGUUAGAGAAACAAAUAUUACCACCGGUAACCGUUAUCACAGCGUUUGGUCAAAAGUUUUCGGUAAUUGGGUAACUGAUGAGAUCAUAGCCGUUGAAGUAGAGAGAAAUAUAGAAUUAGCAUUAGUGUGUGUAAUGGUCUGUACAGUGAUAUUGAUAACGAACCUUCAAAUGUGCUUGUGGAUAUUUAUUUGUGUAGCGCUAACUAUCCUCAAUGUGUUAGGGUGGAUGCAGCGAUGGGGCAUGACUGUAGAUAUAGUAUGCUGUAUUGGCUUAGAACUUGCUAUAGGAUUAUGUGUAGACUACGCAGCCCAUGUCGGCCAUACAUUUUUAACUGUUACAGAAGGUUCUCGUAAUGACAGAGCUUUUAAAACAGUUACCUCGAUAGGUACAGCCGUUUUACUGGGAGGUGGGUCUACGCUUCUCUCAUUAUCUCUUCUUAGUAUGUCGAAGGCAUACACUUUCCAGUCAUUCUUCAAAAUUUUCCUUCUCGUAAUAUUGUUCGGUCUAUUUAACGGAUUAAUAUUCUUGCCAGUUGUUUUAUCAUUGAUAGGGCCAAGCGCGUAUAAUUCAAAUGAAAAAGAUAAGGACACUAUAAUAGAAACAGCAGAACUUAAUGGGAAACAUGAAUUCAAUACAAAACAGAUAGAUGACGGCUGAGGCAAGUUAAUACCAUGACAUGGUACAUUACAGUAUAUUCGCCGUAAAGUGCUUUAACUAUAUUUAUAUGCCGAAUUGAUUAUUUAAGCAUGAAUAAAUAUAUCUCCUACUAUUUAAUAAGUUUAGAAGUAUUUUCCAGAUUAUUAAUAAUAUUCUGUAUUUUGAAAAAGUGUACACACUGUAAUAGAUAUGUAAUAUGAAAGUGCUGCUACGUCAUGAUUACAUAAGGUUAGAUAUUAUAAUACAUAUUUAGAGUUUUGUGAUAGAUAAUAAAAUUGCCUUAUCACUUUACAAUUGCAUAAAAUUGGGUUUCAAUGACGCUACUCAUUUAUGAAAUAGUGUAAUUAAACGAAUUGUUAUUAGGUCAUUUAGUGUAUUAUAUUGGAAUGUAUUAUUCAUUUAUAUUUUUACUAUAGCUGAGUAUGUUAGACUACGAUUCCGAGUAAUCUAAAUGAAGUAAGAACUAGUGGAUAGUGUUUUAUCACUUACUUAAUAAUCCUUCAUGAUCUUUAUUUUUAAUCAUCCAAAUAAAAAAAUGUAUCUCACCCACUUUUUGAAAGGUCGCCCGGCUAAAUCAAGAAAGGAUGUAUACAAUCCAUAUCCGUUAUUCAGAGCGCUAUAUUAUACAUUUUAUUUAUAGUUGUGAUUUUUGCACAGAUAGGACUUUUUUGGUGUAAUAGUUUUAAAAAACAUUAUGUAUCGUUUAAAUAAAGGUCAAUGACGUUAAUCAUAAAGUUGAUUUUCAUAAAAAUUCACAUGAAUUAAACAUAAACAUAGCUUUUAAACCAGACUACAUCGAACAACAUAGCAGGUACAAUAUUCGAAUCAUAUCGACGCAGGUACUAAUGUUAAGGGGUUUCGUACGAUACACAAUAUUUUUAUGUUGGAAUUAUCACUAUAUUUGCUGAGAAAUUUAUAAACUUAGUCAAUGAAUUGUCACAUAGGUAAAAAAUACAUGAACGCAAAACAUAUCACAAUCACAGCACAAUCUGAUGAGAGCUUUUACUGACAGUCUGAUUAGGUCUACUGACGGCCCACUACAGUCUAUCUUCUAAAAAAAUACUUUUAGCAUAUAAAACAUACUGUCUACUGUUUUGUGUAUAAUAAAUCUAUUAAUGUACUAAUCUCAUCAAAAUAAUUCAUAUAAUCAUUAACCUGUUUGUUUAUUUUGUUCUACAUUUAUAUUUUUGUAAAUAAAUAAGCAUUAAUCACAUAACUGUUUAUUACAUUGGUCGUUUAUGAAUAAUAAUAUCACAUCUGGCUUUAAUAAAUGUAAAUAAAUUCCUAUAUUAUCAUAAAUAGCAUAGCAUUUGUUAUUAAUUUUCAAGGUACCACUAGAUAUUAAGUAUAUUCGUGUUUUCGCACAGUUUCUCAAAAUUAUACAUAUUAUAUUCGAUUAGAAGGAAAUUAUAACAUUUCAAGAUUGAUUUGAUAAUUGAUUGGUUUCGAUUUGAAGCUAUUUAUUACGGCACUUGGAUUUAUUGAAAAUUUUAAUUUGCCACAUUAAGGCGCUCCAAGCAAGGCACGCUAGUCGUAUUUUAUGUGGGUUUUAGAAGCUAUCUACUCGAAAUUUCUAACUCAUAGAGAAAAAGAAA